GUCAACCGCAAUAACGCGGAAGCCUUGUUCCAAUAUUGGCUUGCUGUGUACAGCGAAACGACCUCCGUAGUCGUUCAAACCGUGGACAAAAAGGAUGUCGGUGUUUCGUUGUUUAACCGCA